AUGGCUGGCACCGUCCUGCCCGCGCCCGCGGGCACCGACCUGGGUUGGGGCGUCGAGGGGGCCCAAUGGCAACACAGCCAGGACUGGCCCCUCACCAGCAGUGGAGUGGGGCUGGAGAACUGGCCCCCACAGCCCUUCCCGCCCCCUGCUGCCCGCUCCACAGUCCAUGAGCCCCUGCCCCCCGGCGCGGAGCGGCCCCCGCGGGAAGAGCUGAUCCAGCGCCUGGCGACCACCACGGGGCUCUGCCAUGACGUGAAAACCCACGGAGGGGUCCUGGGGCAGCCCGGCUACCUCCUGCCCGCCCCACUGUGGAGAGUCCACUGCAACAAGGACCUGCGGGACAAGCUGCAGCUCCGCGCCUGGCGGGUCCCGCUGACCCCGGGGGGGCGGCCGAGCGAGACCCGGCACCGAUUCUGCGGCUGGCCCAACCUGCCCCCCGAGCCCGCCCACCACGCCGGCCCCCAGCCCUUCGGCCUGGCCGCCCACCACAGCGACGGCGCCUCCAAGUCCAUAGUGGGCAGCACGGAGAACAAGCCCCUGGCCGGAUCCGUCUUCUACGUCCGCGACGGGGCGGUUCUGAGCCGUCUGGAGCCCUACGUCUCCGUCACCAGCCAGGACAUCCACGCCUUCACCCCGCAGGAGCUGCAGGGCUACGCCCGGAAAGACGCCCUCACCUACUGGCAGUUUGAGGGUUACCCGAAGGCCUGGGGGCACGGCCUGAGGGACCCCUCUCUGGGCAAGGACGCGGUGCCCCCCCUCCGGCCCCCCGGCCCCCCACGCGACCCCAGCCUCUUCCCGAGUCCCACCCACCCUCCCCGCCUGCCCAUGCUGGCCCCUGCUGUCCCGCACCGGGGGGCGCUGAGCCUGGCACAGGAGUCCUAUGGGUCCCCCCGCCGCACCCCCAGCAUCCGGGGGCCCCCAGCCCGGCCCCCCACCGUCUGCCCCCCCGCAGCCGGGCCCCAGAUCCUGGCAGUGCCCCUGAUGUACCGCACGGAGAGCCAAUGUUAUGGGAGCAGCAAACCCAGGCCUGUCUGAGGGGGGGGGGCCCCCCCAUACUGUGAACCCCAACAUGCUACACUACGUCACCCCUGUGUUCUCUGGUCUGUCCUCCUUGGGGGGCAGGGGGCUCGCUGAGGCCUGGUCCUUUCUCUGCCCUCCCCCGCCCCCCAGCCGCCAGGACACCUGGGUUCUACUUGGGGGAGGGAGGGGCUGCCAGGUAUGAUGCUCAGAAGAGGACUCAGGUGUCCUGACUCCCAGCCCCCCUCCCUCGUGCCCUUGGGGGGGAUUUGUCCGGGGGCGCCGCUGUUGUGGCCUGCAGGAUGUGGGGAUUUCUCACCUGGCAACGCAGCUGGCGCCAGCCCCCGGCUUCCGGGGGGAGCCCGGGUUGCCCUUGGCACAGGAGACGUGAGCCGAGAGGGUGAACUGCUCUGCCCCCUCCCUUCCCCGAGCCAGGAGAGAACCCAGGAGUCCUGCGCCCCAGCCCCUUCCCCUCCCAGAGCUGGGAGAAAACCCAGGAGUCCUGGCUCCCAGCCCCACCCCGCUUUCACCCCCAGCUCCCCUCCCCGAACUGGAGAGAGAACCCAGGAGUCCCCAGGGGCUGUGGCACGCGAAGGGGCUGGCUGCUCGGACCCCUGGGUUCAAGCCUGGGAAACAGGCCGCGUGGGCCGAGCGCCCUAGUGACGUUGGCCUUGAAGUCGCCCCCUCCCUGUGCCGGGGUGGGGGGGGUGGCCUUGGCUCCCCGCUGCCGCCAGCUGGAGUGGGGUGGGAGGGGGACGUGGGCACUGGGGGGGCAGGAGCUGCUGGUAUAAGAGGGGCAGCGGGGAACGCCUGGUGCUGAUUUCCUUGGGCACCAACGCCAGCAUGGGACCCCCACAGGUGAGAGCAGCGGUGGGGGGCUGGAAAUGGGGGGGCAGGGAGCCGUGCACUGGCCAGGGGGGGCGUGGGGGCACAUGGGUCCCUGCUGGGGAGGGUCUGGGCCCCAGUUAACAGUGCCCCCUUCCCCGAGCCGGCCCCAUCUGCCCCCCGCUCUGUCCUCUCCCCCAGCGCGGGCUGCAGGCUCUGGUGCUGGCGCUGCUGCUGG